CAAGCCACAAAGCGAGGUGAUGGAAACAGAAACAUUUCAACUCUGAGAAAAGUGGGAGGGUGAUGAGCUUGGGUAACACUGCACAGUGUCUGGUCUUCACGUGCUGAAACACUAAGUCUUCAGAAGUAAAACUCCCCUCAACGGAUUGAUUUGGAAGAGCUCAGCCAGUGUUUCUGCUUUCAUGUGCAUUGCAUGAGACAUCUCAAGAUUUCAGCAUCUUGUUCUGACACAUAAGGUGCCUCGACUUGAACCAACCAGAAGUGAGCCCACCCAGAGCUACUUGUUCACACCUCUUUGCAGCUCCAGUCUCGUCUGGUCAGUGCGGAUCUUUUGAAGCAACAGCGUUGACAUUUGGAGGAGAACUUCAUGCCAAAAUGGUUUUCAAUCACCCAAGUAGCAGAGGGGGUAAGGAUGAGGGUGGCUGUCCAUCAGUGUUUGUGGUGGACACUCAUGCAACACGGCCCCCAGUGCCGCCUCGGCUGAUGAGAGAGGGCCGUUGGACCGGGGCUCCAGUGACCCUGCUGACCAUGCUGGUGAGCCUGGCGCUGUGCGGCAUGGUCAUUGAAGCCUGCUUCAUCUACAGUCUCUACCAAACAGAGCUGGUCCAGUCUGCAUCAACCUCAAAACUCACUGGAGGCGAUGAGGUUGCUACAAUUGAAAAUCACUUGGAGGAAAGUCUUCCAUCCAAACCAAUGGCACAUUUAACAGAUGGUGUAGAUGUUGUUCAUGAAAAACAGAUCAUGGGUUGGAGCAUGAAUGCAGACCCCAUCCUGUAUGAAAUGGUGUACAGAAAUGGGAGCCUCAUCAUCCAGAAGGAGGGGUACUACUUCAUCUACUCAAAGGUUUACUUCUCAUUCAGUGGCAUUUUUCAUCAUCUUAUAAAUAUGAAAACUGAAAAGUACACCGGCAAAUUCAUCACCCUCCUGCAGUCCAGGGAAACUUCACCAGAGUCAAGCAAAAUGCGAUCCAACAGCUACCUGGGCGGGGUGUUUCACCUGUCUGAAAAUGAUGCUAUUUAUGUGAGCGUCAGCAGCACACAGAAGAUCUUACGACACAAGUCUUUUGAGAACGUUUUUGGUGCUUAUAUGAUAUGAAUAUAACAUCAAUAUUGAUGAAACUAUGACCAAAAGAGUCGUUAAAAUGUUGGACUCUUUCAGUGACUCAGAACUGGUUUUGUGUUAUCAAAUGGACAGCAGUGUGUCCAGCUAGCGGGUCAGAAAAUGACAUGUGGAGUUCCACAGGUAUGGAUAUUAGGACCAACAUUAUUUGUAGUUUAUGUAAACGGUUUAUUUACUGUUUCAACAGUUUUUGCAGAUGACACAGCUGCUGUAUAUUAUGUUCAGGUAGACACCUCCAUCAUCUUUUAGAGAUUACCACAGAAUUACUGAAAAUUAGUCAGUGGUUUGGAUUCAGCAUGUUAUUCCUACAUGUAUCCUAAACAAAAUGAUAUCAUUGAACAUAUUCAGUUCAGCUCCCAACAGUCAUAAAAUAUAAGAUUUUAGGUGUGACUGUUAUUUACAUGUUUGUUGGAAAACACAUAUAUUUAUAAUACACAAUAAACUGGCUAAAAUGUGACCAUAUUAAAAAGAUGUGAAUUCCUGCUUGAUUACAAAUCUGUUUUAUAAAGUAUUUUUCAUUGUUGCGUACAUAAAUUAUUGCUUGGGACUGUGUGGAAAUGCAUGUAAUAGUACGGUUUUGAUACCAACCAGACUUAAAAAAAUAAGCAAUAAGAAUUAUGUAUAAUGUUGAAUCGGAGAACAUACAAAUAUAUUAUUUUUAAAAUAAAAUAAAAGACUUGAGAUGGUUUGAUUGAAACAGUGAAGCCAAUAAAGCCAAAUGCCCAACAUUUAACAAAGGUUUGUUCACAGAGAGGAACAAAUGGCUUGAGGGGAAAGUUUAGUAAGAACCAAAGUUUGCUGGAACUACGUUAAAAGGCUAAAAUAUAACUGGAAGAGGAGUGAACCUGUAGAAUAGUGAAGGGUGUGUCGUCACUACAGAGUAAAGAAUAGUAUCGCUGGUACACUUUGGUUUAAAUGAAGGUGUUUUUGUACUUUAUGUUAAUUCCACGUACAAUGAAAAAAGUACCCUGAAGAAGUACAUGCAUGCCACGUGUUUUCUGAUUACAUAACAACGUAAAGUUUUGUUAUUGUGCUUUGGUUUAAAUCUUUUCUUUUCCCUUGCUUGGCUUUAAGAAACGCUGAGGAAAUGUGAGUGUGUUGCUGUACUCCCUCUUUGACACGUGUGAUGAUAAAACAUCGAUGUGAUUGAGUAGACAAUUGAAACCAUUCUUGUUCCAGUCAGUCCCUUUACUGGUCUGAAUAUGAGAUGAGAAUGAAAUGUUUUAUGUUGAGGAUAAUCUGAUGAUAUCAGAUGAAUGUUUGAAGUUGAUCCGUGACGAGGUGUGUGUGUGUGUGUGUGUGUGUGUAAGGCUGCUCGAACCUGAAGGUGAAUUAGAUGUAAAAUGCUUGUUGGGGCUUUGCUGGUGAGUUUCUGAUUGUGACAGAUGUUUUUUUUUUUUACAAUAAAAUAUAUUUGUGCAUACAUUUUGUUCUUGUUAAAACUCAACUAGAUGUAAAAUAACAGAUGUUCUUUUUCAUGAUUUAUAUUAUUGCAAACAGAAUGUAUAAAAAUUAAAAAUCCCCAAAACAGCAACCAUGCUCUUAUUUCAUGCUUUGACACGAUUGUUUAUUUAAUCGUUUUGGAUAAAGAUGUAUUUUUCAUGUUGGAUUUAUGUGAAUUAAUGCUCUGACAUGAAGGUAAUGACUUUAAAGUUUGGUUUUCUCCACCGUAGGUGUUAUACGUUCAGUGAAAGCAUUUCCUGUUGUGUCAGGCGAGGCCGAGCUACAGUGGUCUCUUUAUCGGUGCACAUCUCACCCACUUGUUCCCACGGCAGCUCAGACUCCUGGUUCGGGGUGCUUUUCAUCACCACGUUGACACACAAGGUUAAAUGUCAGCAGUUUCUUUAACCUCUUGCUUUCUGUGGACCUCACAUCAAGGCAAUGAAAUUUAUUUUGGAGUCAAAUGACCUUUUCUUUUCUCAUUAUUGGGAAGGUCACCAAACCCGAAGAGUGUCAGUAACGUAUUCAUCUCCAUGCUGGUUUGAGUCCUGCAACGUUACAAAAGCUGCGUUUGAGUGUGUGGCAUGAACGCUGACGCAGCAUGCACAAACCUCAUCACUCUUUGAAGUUCUUUUACUUUGCAUCUUCCUCACAUCAGUCACUGUAACGUUUCCCUUCAUAUGCGACGGUUCGCAGAAGUCUCUCAUGAAACACCCACGGGUUGUAUAUUUGUAACCUGAGGAGGAAGUGGUAGUGGGGGCCUGCUCAGGAGGGGAAGGGGUUGUCGGCAGCAGCAGAAUGCCUGACUGACUUUCCAACCCUAGACCUGGAGAGCAGAACGUACCAGCACUGAAACAGAGGGAGUGCUCAGAGGUGGGUGGGAUUAUCACGUUCAUUUUCCUUCAGGGAUGGAAUUUUGGAACAUUUUUGGCUCAAAUCAGAAGAAAAGGAAUUAGUUCGUUUGCAAAAACAAACAUUGGGGGCGC